AUGCGCGGCCGGCAGAGCAUGCGCAGUAGCGCGCGCGGCGCCCGGGAGCCCCGCCGAGCGGCUGCUGACGCGGAGGUCGCUGCGGCUGCGGUGGCAGCGACAGGAAGUGAGGCGGCCCGAUCGGGUGACCGCGACGGCGGCAGCAGCAACCGAGGCGGAAGGGCCCCUGCGGAGACGUCGUCUACGGGUUGGGCCGAGGGGGCUGAGCACCGAGGGGACCCGCCGGCUCCGAAGCCGGACCCCGAACCGAGCAGGAUGGACCACCACCAGCUCGGCACUGGCCGCUACCAGGUGCUUUACAAUGAAGAGGAUAAUUCAGAAUCAUCUGCUAUAGAACAGCCAUCAACUUCAAACCCAGCACCACAGAUUGUGCAGACUGCUCCUUCAGCAUUAGUAUUUGAAACUGACUCUUCUCCUCCACCUUAUAGCAGUAUUACUGUGGAAGUACCUACAACUUCAGAUGCAGAAGUAUACAAUGAGUUUUAUCCUGUGCCACCUCCAUACAGUGUUGCUACCUCUCUUCCUACGUAUGAUGAAGCUGAGAAGGCAAAAGCUGCUGCAAUGGCUGCUGCAGCAGCAGAAACAUCCCAAAGAAUUCAGGAGGAAGAGUGCUCACCAAGAGAUGACUUUAGUGAUGCAGACCAGCUCAGAGUGGGUAACGAUGGGAUUUUUAUGCUGGCGUUUUUCAUGGCAUUUAUUUUCAACUGGCUUGGAUUUUGUUUAUCCUUUUGUAUCACCAAUACCAUUGCUGGAAGGUAUGGUGCCAUUUGUGGAUUUGGCCUUUCAUUGAUCAAAUGGAUCCUUAUUGUCAGGUUUUCUGAUUAUUUUACUGGAUAUUUCAAUGGACAAUAUUGGCUUUGGUGGAUAUUCCUUGUACUUGGCCUGCUCCUAUUCUUCAGGGGAUUUGUUAAUUAUCUGAAAGUCAGAAACAUGUCUGAAAGUAUGGCAGCUGCUCAUAGAACAAGAUAUUUCUUCUUAUUAUAG